CUUUCUCACUCGCCCUAGCUUUUCUAUUAGAUCUCCACCAAGAUGUGUCAGUUGCUGAACCUCCUUUUGGCCACACUCAGUCGCGUUCUGUUUGCUGUCCACGGCGUGGUGACAGUGUGGCGGGUGGUCUCGGUGAAAGGAGACCCCAUCUACUGGCUCCUGCUGAUCGGAGUGGGGCUCCUGGGAGUCGAGAUGGCAGUCACACUGAAACGCACACAGAACGGAGAGUGGAAAUGGUAAGAGCAGGUCCUAAAAAAUAAUGCAGUUACAAAACAUGUUCCAUUGAUCUGCACAGCGGCACAACUAAAUACAGCAGUCAUUUAAAACAUUCAAGAGGUGCCUCAUUACUGCUGAUUGAGAUUUCAUCAAUGGCUGAAGAUCUGGAACACCUGUUAAUCUCGACUAAUUAAGCCAAUGAUUGGUGCAAUGAAGUAACUGAGAGUUUGUUUGAGAUGAAAACUAGAAGACCAUGUAGCUCUCCAGGACCAGUGGUGGAGACCCCUAUCUUAAAGGAUAACACUUUAGAAUAAUGAAUUCUGGCUGAAUACCACAGGAGUAACACCUAAAUAUGUUAUGCACUUCCUUUGAGUUCUCAAGUAAUUCAUUCCCUUUGUAGCAAAUGAUCUUGAUCACAUGUAUAUGGCAUGCAUUCAUGCACGAAUUAACACUUCUGACAAUCCACAGGUUUCCACAGGAUUGCGAGGAUCUAUAAUAAAUAUACAGAAAUAUAUUAUAUAAACAGUGGCAGUAUUUAGAUCGCUUUUGUAAUGAAAUAAUUCUGCAUAACUACAAUAUUUGAAUGCUGUAGUCCUAAUGUGGUCUCAUUAUCUUAAAGCAGCAAGCAGUUCCCUUUUAAUGAACCAGACCUUUUUAAAAUGGAAUGAUUAUAGCUAGGAGUAUUUUUUUUCAAACCGUUGGGUUUGUGCUUUCCAAUUUGGAUUUGUUUUACUGAUAAUGUUUGAGUCCCUUGGUAAGUGUCAAAUUAAAAUAUCAGAUUUUCAAAAAUGAGCAUUUGCAACCCUGUUCUUAAUUGUUUAUGAGCCAAUUAACCCUCCAUCAAGACUCAAAGUCGUUAAUUAUCUCAGCUGUUAAUCCCGUAGUGAAACGGCUCUCCAGGAUGUGAUUGGCCACCCCUGAGCUGAAUAGUGAUGGCCAUUUUUAACCCUUAACCUUAAUCCUACAUCCAUUUUCAUUCAGUUUUAUUGCCUGUACUAAAUUAUGAUGAAUAAACUGUAAUAUCAGAAUAUGGUACCAUCAUAUUAAUUCUCAUGGGCGUGGCAUGUUUUUAACACGUGCAAUACCUUCGAUAAACAUUUGUUUAAAUGUUUCCGAUAUUUUGUGAUUUUAGUGCUGAUCAGUGGUUCUUUCCUUGACCAUCAUGAAUGGAAAUACUACAAAAGCUCUUUCCUCAAUAUCUGCAGGUUCUCCCCUAUGGUGUUUCUGUACUUGAGCACAGUGAUCCCUUCAAUCUGGUUUCUGGAACUCAAUUUGUUGCAGUCGAAACUGUCAGCCAACGCCUCUCACGGGGGUACACAUGAUCUGCCACCCAAUCUGCCAAUACCUGUGGAGCUGAUUUGCCUGAACCCUCAAAACUGGGCUGCUGGGUUGGAGCAGACAAUGCUGAUAGUAUUAGUUUUGGGCCGAUGGCUCAUGCCAAAGGGUGACAUGUCCCGGGACCAGCUUUCCCAGCUGCUCAUGGUCUACGUGGGACUGGGGGCCGACAUCCUGGAUAUUUUCGACACCUUCAAAGAGCCGGAGGUGGAGACCAACCACGGCAUCCUGCUGAUCGGCUUGAGCCUCUUCACUUGGGCUCUCAUGCAAUUCCCUCUGGUCUUGACCCAAACAAAACCCCACAGCUCUCCCCUGGAUGUCAGCUUCCCCUUGGAGGCUGGCAAAGAGCCGCGGCUGGAGAGUCCUGUGGGCAGCGACUGCGUGUCCUGCUGCUCCAGCGAGGUGUGGAGUCUGCUGGUCACCGUGGGGAUGCAGGACGGCCCCUUUCUCUUCUAUAGGCUCUACCUGAUGGCUCGGGAGAACGUGCUCAACCAGCUCAUGAUCUUCUUCACUUGCAAGAACAUCCUCAUCGUCAUGAUUGAGAUCUACAGGAUCGUCGUGGUUCAGUGUGAGAAGAGCCACAGGGGGAGGCAGCAGGACCCCUCCGAUGACGCUGCUGAAAGACCAUGA